AUGGCGGUUACGCCCUUUGAGCCCCGAGUCACAGCCAUACUGGUUUGCGCACUCUGUUUAGCUAACGGAGAAGAUAUAGAGCUAAAUGAAAAUGGGUGUCCAGUAGAUUAUUAUUAUGAGAAACUUAAUCCUCACCCGAAUUGUGACAAAUUCUAUCAAUGCACCCAUGGAGCAUUAAUUGAAAUGAAAUGCUCGUCGAAUCUUUUAUUUGAUGUAGACAAACAAGAAUGCAUUUGGCGUGACGAUGUAGAUUGUGGUGGAAGACUGGUUCCUGAAGAUAAACCAAAGCCCGGUGAUAAUAAUACUAGUUCUGGUGAUGACAAUGGCACUGGUGGAAACAGUGAUGGUUCAUGCAAUUGCAAUCCUGGUGAAGCACCCUUGAUUUGUGCUGGAAAGGAUUCAGAUGGAGUUCUAGUUGCACACGAACACUGUAAUAAAUUUUACAAAUGUGCCAAUGGAAAACCAGUCGCAUUGAAAUGUCCUGGAAAUUUGGUUUACAAUCCCUAUAAAAAGUACUGCGACUGGCCCAGCAAUGUUGAAUGCGGUGACAGAAUUGUUCCAGAUGAGGACAACGAAGAACCUGGUGACAAUGAAGGUCCCGGUAACAAUGACGGCCCUGGUGACGGUGGUGGUGGUGAUGAAGGUGGUGAUGGUGGAGACGGUGGUGGUCCAUGUCAUUGUGAUCCUGGUGAAGCACCGUCGAUUUGUGUUGGAAAGGAUUCAGAUGGAGUUUUAGUUGCACACGAACACUGUAAUAAAUUUUACAAAUGUGCUAAUGGAAAACCCUUCGCUUUGAAAUGCCCUUGGUAUUUAGUUUACAAUCCCUAUAAAGAGUACUGCGACUGGCCCAGCGAUGUUGAAUGCGGUGACAGAAUUAUUCCAGAUGAGGACAACGAAGGCCCUAGUGACAAUGAAGGUCCCGGUGACAAUGACGGCCCUGGUGACGGUGGUGGUGGUGAUGAAGGUGGAGAUGGCGGAGACGGUGGUGGUCCAUGUAAUUGCGAUCCUGGUGAAGCACCGUCGAUUUGUGCUGGAAAGGAUUCAGAUGGAGUUUUAGUUGCACACGAACACUGUAAUAAAUUUUACAAAUGUGCCAAUGGAAAACCCGUCGCUUUGAAAUGCCCUGGAAAUUUGGUUUACAAUCCCUACAAAAAGAACUGCGACUGGCCCAGCGAUGUUGAAUGCGGUGAAAGAAUUGUUCCAGAUGAGGACAACGAAGACCCUGGUGACAAUGAAGGUCCCGGUGACAAUGACGGCCCUGGUGACGGUGGUGGUGGUGAUGAAGGUGGAGAUGGCGAAGACGGUGGUGGUCCAUGUAAUUGCGAUCCUAGUGAAGCACCGUCGAUUUGUGCUGGAAAGGAUUCAGAUGGAGUUUUAGUUGCACACGAACACUGUAAUAAAUUUUACAAAUGUGCCAAUGGAAAACCCGUCGCUUUGAAAUGCCCUGGAAAUUUGGUUUACAAUCCCUACAAAAAGUACUGCGACUGGCCCAGCGAUGUUGAAUGCGGUGAAAGAAUUGUUCCAGAUGAGGACAACGAAGACCCUGGUGACAAUGAAGGUCCCGGUGACAAUGACGGCCCUGGUGACGGCGGUGGUGGUGAUGAAGGUGGAGAUGGCGGAGACGGUGGUGGUCCAUGUAAUUGCGAUCCUGGUGAAGCACCGUCGAUUUGUGCUGGAAAGGAUUCAGAUGGAGUUUUAAUUGCACACGAACACUGUAAUAAAUUUUACAAAUGUGCCAAUGGAAAACCCGUCGCUUUGAAAUGCCCUGGAAAUUUGGUUUACAAUCCCUACAAAAAGUACUGCGACUGGCCCAGCGAUGUUGAAUGCGGUGAAAGAAUUGUUCCAGAUGAGGACAACGAAGGCCCUGGUGACAAUGAUGGUCCCGGUGACAAUGAAGGUCCCGGUGACCAUGACGGCUCUGGUGACGGUGGUGAUGAAGUUGGUGGUGGUGAAGAUGGUGGUAGUUCAUGUAAUUGCAAUCCUGGUGAGGCACCCUCGAUUUGCGCUGAAAAAGAAUCAGAUGGGAUUUUAGUUGCACAUGAAAUUUGUAAUCAGUUUUAUAAAUGUGAAAAUGGAAAACCCGUUACUUUCAAAUGCCCUGAAAAUUUGCUUUACAAUCCCUAUAAAAAGUAUUGUGACUGGCCCAAAAAUGUUCAAUGCGGUGAAAGAAUAUCAAAGAAAUAUCAAAGUAUUAAAUAUACGAGGUAA